UUCAAAAAACUUCGUUUUUUUUAUUUCGUUUUUCAACAGAGAAAUUUCUCGGAAAAAAAAACAGUGAAAAAAAAAUGUUUCCGAAAACUUUCUCAAUUUUUAUCGUAUUUAUUUGGUUAGCCAUUUGUGAUUCAUUUAGUCAACAACAAACAAAAAGAAAAAAUUCAACAAGUGUAACAACAAUAGUAAAUUGUAAUAAUCAAACCAAAUAUGAUUAUUGUGCAUUAAAUAUGAUACCAUUAACAAAUGAUUUUAUAAUGAAACAACGAUCAUCAUCAUCAUCAAUACAAAUCAAUGAUAUUGAUGAAUUAUGUCGGCAAAUAUUAUUGAAUGAAAAAUGUUUACGAAAUUAUGCGGAGAAUUGUAUGAAAUCUGAAGCCCGACAAACAUUAUCAGUAAUGUUAUAUUCAGUAUCUCGGUUGAAUCGUAAAAUUUGUUCCAAACAAAAACGUAAACAAACAACGCUGGCAAUGAUGAUUUGUUUGAAAAAGAAUCCCGGUUUUUAUCAAAAUAUUUUAUUAAAAAAUCUUACCGAAACAUUGUAUCGGAUUUCGUUGGAAAAACGACAGAAAUUGAAAUUUCCAAUGAUUUGUUGCAAUAGUUAUCGAAUGAAAGAAUCAAUGAUCGGUGAAAUGAUGAGGAAUUGUCCAAAUAAUCGGCAAGCACAAAAUGAAUUAAAUAUUUGGAUCGAUAGUUAUAGUGGUGAUUUAUUUAAUCUAAUUUGUGGUGAUUAUACAGAAGAUUCGGAUAAAUGUCAAACAUUACCAUCGAUACAAUCGAUAUCAACAACGGUGAUGGACAACAACAAAAAAUUAAAAUGGAAAAGUUUUAUUAUGGUUUUAGUUGAUUUAUUAAAUAAUUUACAAUAAUUUUUGUUUCACAA